GUGUAGCUUGAAAACCCAAAAUAACAUUGAACGAAGCUUCCAGAAACCAAAUUUGUUUUGAAUAAUUAUAGUAAUAAUAAAUCUUCUCCAUUCGCCGAUUCUCCCUCGGAAUAAUCAAUCAUCAUCGACAAAAUCUUCAGUAAAAUUAAAACGAUAAGUUGAUUGGAUCCAUUCAAUUAGCUUAAAUCGAGAUGGAGAAUGGAGGAUCGGAGAAGGGCCAUAACGACGGAAAUGGCAAUGGACGAACAGCCGCAGCAGCGUCGUAUACUUAUUGGGUCCGAGAAGCGACGGCGGACGCCGCUCCCCUCCCUCUUCCGAAGAAGGUCACCGCUCAAGACUUAGUUUCGAGCCAAUCUCCGACCGCAACACUUGGUUCUGUUUGGAAUCGGGCAGGAACUUGGGAGGAGAAAAACCUUAAUAGCUGGGCUACCCAAAGAUUAAAGGAAUUGCUUAAAUCUGUGGGCACAUUGGACUUGCCUCAUGGCAAGGCCGAGAUUUCUGAUGUAUCCAAAUGUGUUGGCGAUGCAUUUUUGGUGACUGUAAGAAACAAGAAGCGAGUAGGUUAUACGUAUGAGUUGACAUUAAAAGUCAAAGGCGAGUGGCAUAUACAGGAGGAGAAGAAAAAUGUUAAGGGACAUAUUGAUAUCCCAGAAUUCUCAUUUGGCGAGCUCGAUGACUUGCAGAUGGAAGUGAAGCUCAGUGAAGAGAAAGAAUUCGUGCAGCAAGACAAGCAGCAGAUUGUCCGGGAUUUGAAGAAGCUGUUUUUGCAGCCUGUCCGGGAGAAAUUGCUUCAGUUUGAGCAGGAACUCAAAGAUCGGUAGUGACGGAUCGUCUUUUGCUUGAUUAAAACUUUAUCAUGUCAUCUGCUUAACAUGGAAUUCUCUGUUGAGGAGGCAAAGUGCUCCGCUGGUAUAUGGCUUAAAUGUGCCAUAUGCUGGGAUAGUAUUGUUUUGCCUGUAAUUCUUCCCAACUUAAACUCAGUCUUCUACGUUUCUUUGUUGUGUUUUCUUUGCAUGGUCGUUCAUAAUUAGUUUUAU